AUGCAGUGGCACCAGAGGUCAUUCUCUCUGCUUCUCGUUCUAUUGGCUGGGGCUUGUCAUGUCUUUGCAGCGUCAGGUUCUGAGAUAGCUGCCCUGCAGGAAGGCUCCCUCCUGCCACGGGCUGCAGCACCGGCAACAAAACAUCGCUCUGACAAGGUCCACGGCAUCGUUAUGGGAGUGACGGUCAUCAUUCUUUUCCCUUUCGCCUCGAUCUCCUGGAGGCUGCUCGACCGUCUUGUUGGUGGGAGAACGCUCUUCAAAAUCCACGUAUGCUCCCAGCUCCUGGCUCUGGCGAUGCUCAUCGUCGGCUUCGGAACCGGCGUCUGGGUCUGUAUUCUCCACAACGAGGUCUACAACGAUGAAUGGGGCCAUGUCAUCCUCGGCACCAUCCUCACGGCCCUCUUCCUCCUCCAGCCUCUCAUCGGGCAGUGGCAUCACUACCUGUACAAAUCGCCCAGUCGGAAGGUCAGGCCUGGGAUACGUCGCGUCCACAUCUGGCUGGGACGACUGUUGAUGGCUGCGGCCAUCAUCAACGGCGCGACAGGCAUCGUGCUGGGCAACAACAGCCCCGGUGGCGAAAAAGGCUACAGCGCCGCGGCCGGAAUCGUCGGCGUGGCGUACAUCGUGAUCCUGGUGCUGUGGUACUGGAACAGAAGCAAGCAGAAUCGUGAAGACGAUGCUCAAGACAUGGCGAGGGCGGGAGGUGCGGAUGUCGAAAGAAAAUCCGUCCCCGACGUCGCAGUCGACAGGAUGUAG